GAAUAUUAGAAACCUAAUUUCAACUUUAUUGCUUGCUAUGGUUGAUAAAAUGCAGGCAAAGAAGCGAUAUAUGACACUUGUUAUAUCAUGUGCAUUUUUAGUAUAUUUCUACUUCAGCAGUCAACAUAUAAAAUCAGAUGCAGCUCAAAGCAGUUAUUUGGACCAGCUGCCCUCAUAUGCUACAUUAGAUGAACUGUCAGAGAUGCCUUCAAGAGAACAGAGAAGACCACAUUCUGCACCAAGGCCUUGUCGCAUGGAAACCUGUUUUGAUUUUACAAAGUGUGGAACUGAUCCUAAAAUUUAUGUCUACCCUACUGAUGGGCCUGUUAGUGCAUCAUAUCGAAAAGUAUUAUCAGUUAUAAGAGAAUCUCAGUAUGCAACAAGGGAUCCAAAUGAAGCAUGUCUGUUUUUGCCAGCUGUGGACACACUGGAUGCUGACCCACUGUCUCCAGAACAUGCUCCUGAUGUCGCAGCGCGCCUGUCAAGGCUUCCAUAUUGGAAUACUGGUCGUAACCAUUUGAUAUUUAACUUAUAUGCUGGUACUUGGCCUGAUUAUUCAGAAAGUGGUUUGGGCUUUGAGUCUGGUGAAGCCAUACUGGCACGCGCUAGUGCAUCUGAGUCGAUUUUUCGUGAAGGAUUUGAUAUUUCUCUACCAUUAUUCCAUAAGGAACAUCCUGAACAUGGUGGAGCGCCCGCCGCAGCCACAGCCAAUCCCUUCCCGGCAAUGAGACAACAUUUACUGGCAUUUAAGGGUAAACGUUAUGUGCAUGGAAUAGGCAGUGAAACAAGAAAUUCCUUGUGGCAUCUACAUGAUGGUAAUAACAUGGUUUUGGUUACAACUUGCCGACAUGGAAAAUCAUGGAAACAUUUAAGGGAUGAACGAUGUGAUGAAGAUAAUCGAGAAUAUGAUAAAUUUGAUUAUGAACAGCUGUUGGCAAAUUCCACAUUCUGCCUGGUGGCUCGCGGGAGACGUCUGGGCUCGUAUCGCUUCCUGGAGUCUCUGGCUGCGGGUUGCGUGCCGGUGCUGCUGAGCAACGGCUGGCGGUUGCCGUUCGACGAGCGCAUCGACUGGCGCCGCGCCGUCAUCUGGGCCGACGAGCGCCUACUUCUGCAGGUGCCAGAACUGGUGCGGUCGGUGUCUCCCGAGCGCAUCCUCGCGCUGCGGCAGCAAACACAAUUAUUAUGGGAGCAAUAUUUUUCCUCCAUUGAAAAAAUUGCCUUCACAACAAUAGAAAUAAUAUUUGAGCGAGUGCUGAUGGUGCGCACGUCGCGGCAGCGCGAGGCCCUCGUAUGGAACAGCUGGCCGGGCGCGCUGGGGUCGCCGGCCACGUACGGGGACUCGCGCGCGCAAUUGCCGCGCGCCGCGCCCGCCCCGCCUGCACCCCGCCUCGCCCCCGCCCCGCCCCAGCCGCUCCAGGCGCCCGAUGUGCCGCACGCCGCGCCACCAUCCACGCCGGGCACGUCGUUCACCGCGCUGCUGUACGUGCAGGCCACGUCGCCCGCGCUGCACCGCCUGCUGGCCAGCAUUGCGGCCAGCGAGCACGCGGAGAAGGUGGUACUCGUGUGGGACAGCGACCGCGCCGCGCCGUCCCUGAAGGCGCUGCCGCGCGCCGCGGGCGACCCGCGCGACCCUCUGCCCGUGCUCGUCAUAGAUGCUACUACUCACUAUCCUGGGGAGGGCGUGUCGGCGCGCUGGCAGCCGCUGUGGGCGGUGCCGACGGCGGCGGUGUUCUCCCUCGACGGCGACGCGCCGCUGCUAGCCGAGGAGCUGGACUUCGCCUUCCGCGUGUGGAAGGAGUUCCCGGAGCGCAUCGUCGGCUACCCGUCGCGCUCACACUUCUGGGAUGAGGCUAAGAACGCAUGGGGCUACAGCAGCAAAUGGGGCGGCGCGUACUCGCUCGUGCUCCCGGGCGCCGCGCUCGUGCACCGCGCGUGGCUCGCCGCCUACAGCACCGCGCCGCCCGCGCUGCGCCACGCCGUGCGCCAGGCGCGCAACUGCGAGGACAUCCUGCUCAACUGCCUCGUGGCGCACUACACGCGCCGCCCGCCGCUCAAGCUGGCGCAGCGGCGCCGCUACAAGCACCACCGGUCCUCGUGGAGCGACCCGGAGCACUUCGUGCAGCGGCAGUCCUGCCUGAACACGUUCGCGGCGGCGUGGGGCUACAUGCCGCUCGUGCGCUCCGUGCUGCGGCUCGACCCCAUACUCUUCAAGGACCCCGUCUCCACGCUCAGGAAGAAAUAUAGGAAGAUGGAGCUGGUCGCUUCGUAAAUAGGUUUCCAGUAAUAUACCGCGGGCCAGGACCAGAAACAGAUUUGCAUGACCAAUCGCCUCCCGGGCGAAAACUCGUAUAGUGGUUAACGGCUAUGUAUGAUGAACUUUCGUGAACGUCAGCUGCCGCUCCGUUGGUGGGUUGAGGAAUCAGCAGUGUAUAAAAAAAAUUUGUCAUCGUCACCCGCUUGAUACUUUGUCAGAUGCUCAGAUGAUAGUUUAGAUGCUAUUGUGAAUACACAAAAUCGUCAACCGAUUGUAUCGCUGUGGAAAGACCGUCAGCUGGUCACAUGAACAUGUAAAAAAAAACAUCUUUUCAGUCAUCGACGUCAUCUCCUCCCGUUUGAUACUUUGUCAGAUGAUAGUUUAGAUGCUAUUGUUAAUAAAUCAAAUCGUCAGCCUGUUGUAUCGCGGUGGAAACACCGUGUUACGCGUUUCGGUGGCUGCCAUUCCUCAACCCACCAACGAGGGUUCAUCAUACAUAGCCGUUAACCGCUAUACGAGUUUUCGCCCAGGGGGCGAUGACUGACGAAAUUUGCGCCUGGCUCGCGGUCUAUAAGCUUGAUCUCGUGACUUGUACUUGUAUUUAUGGAGCGCAUAUUCUUCGAAAGUAUGCUUAACCCUUUUCCAGGCCGCAUCAAUCUACAAGGUUUUCCUAAAAAAUCUUUUUAUCAUCGUUACUCAGGUGUCAAUUGUCAGCGUGGUGAAAUAGUCCCCCGGCUUAGGGGAUAUAACCAAAGUAACCAAACGAAGACGCCUUGUCUAUAAUUUUCUGUACAAAAAGGUCCGUCGAUUUUUGCGGGGGAGGGGUACGUCAAAUAACGUUCGUGCGUGUACGUAACGUAAAAAAUAGUCAUGUUAGAUAAACGUCAGUCCAUACAUUGUGUAUGACUGACCGCCUAUUUUCGACAGAGGGAAACGCCAGUUAAGGCGCUUCGCGCAAGUUUUGGCCAAAAACUGUUACUUUUUAGAGCUUAUAACUUCUAAAUGAGUCAACCAAAAAUUAUGAAAAAAAUAUAUAUGCAUCUUCACUCUAUGGACAACAAUCGCAACAUUUGACUUUUUUCCUAAAAUUUGUAGUUUCACCGAAAAAAAAAUAACACGACAGGCCGUUUUGCGGCUAACUUUGCUUAUAACUUCUAAACGGCUUAAUCGAUUAAAAUUAUUUUUAAACUAACAAACAUGUUUUAACAGGUUCUACAAAUGCAACAUAGCUUUUCUUAAUCAAAAAAUAUUUUCUUAAGAAAUCGAACGUUUUUCCACAUUUCAUGCGUAUGCAGCCUGAACAUGGCGUGGCCGGCAGUCGUGUGCCAGCUUUGAGACGAGGAGGCUGUGUCGCUCGUCGCUCCGUGCCUUCCUUGCACUAUGUUCGCUUAUGCACAAGCAAAGUGCUAUAAUAUCGGAGUUAUUGUGGCCAAAGAAUAAAUAACUGCAGAGCGCUGAUUUGGUUGCGACGCGCAUUAGCGAGCGCAACACGGUAUUUUGCGGUCUAUUACAAUGAAUGUAAUGAUAAUAUCCGUAUAUAUUAUACUAUAAUAUACGUAUGUUUGAGAAAACUUCAUUUGAAAUAAAUAAAUAAAUGUUUUCUAACCGACAUAUUAUAAUGUCAUUCAAGUUUUACGUUUUGAAUAAUGUUCCAUUCCAUCUCGAAACAAUAAAUAAUUGAUUUAACAUAA